AUGGAGAAGGGGCAGAAGGAGGUGUUUCACCUCUGCAGAGUUUCCUCCUCAAAUCCUGUGGAGCACCCCCGGGACACCCCGGAGCAGCGAAGGGUGCCGGACAUGGGGAGCUUCCCGUGCCCCCGCUGCCGCAUGGCGUUCAGCUCCCGGCAGCUCCUGCGGGCGCACCAGGACAAGCUGUGCCUCGGGAUCACCGAGCCCGCCAGCUCCUGCCUCCAUGGGGGGAACCCUCUGCCUGUGGAGGGGGCGCCGGGCACGGCAGGGAGGCCACAGGACACCUCGGAGGUCAGGGUGUCCCUGUAUGGGGACGGCUCUGAGCCACACCAUCACCUUGAGCUCCCUGGGGUCUCAGCUGCUGUGCAGGGACAGCAGAGACCGGGGUGGGCACGGGGGGCUCCCCUGGGGGCCGUGCUCACCCCCCGUGAGAGGGCCCUGCUCCGCACGGCCGACCCCACUUCCAGGAGUUCCACAGUGCAGCAGGGAGAGCCCCCCCAGCAGCCAGUCCUGCCCCAGGGGCGGCAGCAGCCACCACAGGAGCUUCUGGAGGCCCACAAACGCCAAAUGGCCGAGAUCCAGGCCAGGACCCAGCAGCUGGAGCAGCGGAGGGAAGGGCUGUGCCGGCAGCUGGCAGCACUGGGGGCUGGGGGGCCCCAGCCCGAGCAGGGGGAGCUGGGGCUGGGCCAGAUCCUGCAGGCCCCAAAGGAGCAGCUCAGACAAGUGCAAGUGGCACAGCACAGGGCCACCCUCCACCUCGACACCCUCCUGCCACCCCUGGGGCCACUCGCUGCCGAGGCCAGGGCACUGCGACUGUCCUACCUGCGCGCCGGGGGACACGACCCGGCCAUCCUGGACCAGCUGCUCCACCUCCAGCUGGAGGCCACGGUGCUGGAGAAAGGAACUGCAGGGCUGCGCAGGGGCAGGAGGAUGGAGCCCCCUGGCACUGGCACACAGGGUCUGGAUGCGGCACUGUUGGCUGUGGAGCUGGAAAACUGGCGUCUGGAAGAUGAAGUGUUGGCGCUGAAGGUCAGGAGGGAGAGGAGAGCUGACGCUGACUCGAGGGCGGCCCAGCUGCACUCGGAGGAGCUGGCCCAGCUCCGGGCAGAGGUGGGGAUGCUGCGAUGCCACGCGGAGCAGGCGGGGCCACGGCUGCCCCCACCCAUCCUCCCACCCACUGUGGCCCCCCCACUGCCACCAGCCCUGGCUGUGCCAGAACUUUUUAUGGAGCCCCCUGGGCCAGCGCUGGGGCCAGGCAGCCCCACAGCCCCUGUGCCCCACGGCCUCCCCCUCAGCCCCUUUGUGGCCCUGGAGGACCCUCCUCCUGCUCAGGAGCCCCCAGAACAACACAAACCUCCACGAAGGUGAGCCAGGAAUGGGCCACGCUGCCCUGGCAUCCCCUCACCACCCUGGAGUGGGAAAUUGGGGCUUUUUUAACUGUUAGGGUGAUAAAUGGAUGGCAAAACCUGUGUUUGAACUUCAGUUCAACAAGAUGGGGCUUGGGACUGGCUGUGUAAUUGGUACCAGGAACCCAGUGCUGGGGCAGGGGGAAGCAUUUGGGAUCCCUGCUGGGCAUUUUGGCAGCAGGGAGAGGACAGGCAGCAUCAGGCUGACCCCUAAGCCAGCAGGCAGUUACACAGCUCAGCCUCCACCUCAGGCUGCCCUUUGUGCCCCAGGACUGAGCCCACAGCCAGAUGAGUGUUCAGUCCUGCUCACAGUGGUGGUUUGGGGACAGGCAGAGAAGCACAAUCACAUUCCCUUUCCCUAUGGCUCAGCUCGUUCCAUCAGGCACAUCCCCACCAGCAGCCUGACCAGGAGCAGGCACAGCUCAGCCCUGGCAACCCAGCAAAACCCAGCACCAGGUUUCCUAAGUCACAGGCCACGUGCUACGUGUUUAAUAAAUGGCUUCAGCCUA